AUGGCCACUCCGAAGCAGGUACGCAUUGGCCAGGAUACGUCAAGUGCGUCUGCUCACGACGAGUCAUACAAGGAAGACCCUGUCCGUGGUAAUUCGACAGCCUCGCGGAGCAGUCAAGAUGAGAAACACAGACUGGCUGACAGGCCCAAGAGGUGGACUUUGGGUAUCCUGGCUGAUCAACAGACAGACGAGGUUCCUGGCACAGUGUUGUUACUUUCCAAAUUCUCAAUCAGAAACAUACCUCUGGGUCUGCAGCACGAAACGGCUAGAGGUAGAUCACGCUCUAGAGGGUCCAUUUCUGGAGAGGCAGACCGGCGUCGCUCGUUGGAAAGCAAGAAGAGAACUGCUGAUGGUCAGAUCAUCCUAAAUCCGCAACCAGAUGAUUCAGCGAACGAUCCGCUCAACUGGCAACAAUGGAGACGGGACGCUGCUCUGUGGUCUCUUGGCUUCUACUGCAUGCUCGGUGGAGGCAUGACACCUAUACUAGCAGCUGGCUUCAACCAGGUCGCUGCCGACUUGGACGUCUCGUACGCCGAGGUGGCUCGAACCACUGGCUUGUACAUGAUGGGCUUGGGUCUGGGAUCCGUCAUCUUUUCUCCCACUGCCAUUAUCUUCGGCAAACGCCCCGUCUAUCUUCUAUCUGCUGUCACCUUCAUCGUGUCAAGUAUAUGGUGUGCCCUUUCGCCUGAUUAUGCUAAUCUUGUCGUUGCACGCAUCUUCCAAGGCAUCGCUGUAAGUCCUGUCGAGUGCUUGCCAUCUGCCACAAUCGCCGAGGUCUUCUUUCUCCAUGAGAGAGCAUUCAGAAUCGGCAUAUACACGUUGCUCCUUCUAGGUGGAAAGAACUUGGUUCCGCUGAUCAGUGCUGUAAUUAUACAAGCGUUGAGUUGGAGGUGGGUCUUCUGGGUCAUCACUAUCUUGGUCGCUCUCGGAGCUAUGCUUUUGUUCUUGUUUGUCCCAGAGACUUUCUGGGACAGAACUCCACGACCCAAAGGUUUAGCCCGCAGCUCUAUCUCAGGGCCUCGUGGAUCGCUUUCAAAGGCCAACAGGCAGAGCCCAAUUGCCACUCGCCAGCCAGAAGUAGCAUGGACAGAUCCGUCAGUAGAUUUGAGCGAGGCUGACCCACGAAAGCCGAGCACCAUAUCAGCAGAUACUGCACAUUCUCUCUUUCAUGGCAAGUCAGCUCCCCGUGUUGGCACGAGCCUGGACGGCACUGCCAGGGGAAAGCCUAAGCUCCAUCUUGGUAAUCUGACUCCUGAACCUGCACAGGACGAUUCGAACAUGCCUCAACUGCAUAGCCUGAACUCACCCUAUUACUUAGAGCUCGAGAAAAAUGACAACUACCUCAGUUUUCCUGCCAAGAAAGAGCCGACGAGGUUUCCGGAUCCAAUAUUCGAAGACGUUGAGAAGCAAGAUUCGCCAGUGCUCCGUGCACCAACCUCUUCAGCUACAGCUUCAGCUUCAGCUCCCACAAGUCCUGAACAAACACUCUUCAGGCAGGCGACCAGUCAAAGCUACACCACUGGACUUCGAGUACAGCCCGCCAAGCCAUGGGCAAAGUCGCUGAAGCCAUGGAACGGUCGACUCACUAAGGUGUCAUGGUGGAGGGCAGCAAUCCGGCCAGGUAUUCUUUUUGCCUAUCCGGCCGUCUUGUGGUCUGCUAUGGUCUAUUCGUUGUCUGUGGGUUGGCUGAUUGUGCUAUCCGAGUCAAUCUCCCACAUCUUCUCUACUCGUGACUCAUACAAUUUCAACUCGCUUCAAAUUGGAUUGGUCUAUCUGUCGCCUUUCAUUGGGGGUGUUCUUGGUACGGCAGUAGCAGGGAAAGUGUCAGAUGUCCUUGUCAGGUUCAUGGCUCGUCGCAAUGACGGUAUUUACGAGCCAGAGUAUCGUUUAAUCAUGGCUAUACCCAUCGCAAUCAGUACGGCUAUCGGACUGAUGGGCUUUGGCUGGUCUGCAGAAGAGCGUGACGCAUGGAUCGUGCCAACCGUUUUCUUUGGGAUCAUUUCGUUUGGCUGCUCCUUGGGCUCGACGACAGCCAUUACCUUUUGUGUUGAUUCAUACCGACAGUAUGCUGGAGAGGCACUGGUCACACUCAACUUCAGCAAGAACAUCUUUCAUGGUCUGGUCUGGAGUUUGUUCUUUCCCCAGUGGUUGGAAGCUGAUGGCUCAAAGACUGUUUUUGUGGCCAUAGGUGGAAUACAGCUUGGCUGCAUGUUACUUACGAUACCUAUGUACAUUUUCGGUAAAAGAGCAAGGAUGUGGACUGUGAGGAAGGCGUUGAUGGAAGGGUUUUAG